AUGUUUGGUGUUACCUCUGUUACAACUUUUAAUCUUUUAAGUAAAACCAAUUUAAAAAGUGCAAAGGAAAUUAUUGAUUUGGUUAAUGAAAUUAAAAAUUUACAAUUGGUAGGUCAUAUUAUUAAUUCAAUUCAGUUAACAAAUAAUAAUUCAUCAUCUUUUAAUAAUAAUCAAAAUGAAAUUAUAAUUCAAAAAUCAAUUACAACCAAAAAAAUUUUAACAAAUUUAAAAAAUAAAUUAUUAUAA